AUGGGGAAAGGAAAAAGUCCUGGGAAAUGGAUCAAGAGCUUCUUCUCAGGGAAGAAAUCGUCGUCCAAGUCGUCUAGUUCGUCGAAGAAUAAUGAUAUUUUUAAAUCUUUGAGUAACAAGGAUAGUUUGGGGGCUUCUGAGUUAAAGGUGUCUAAUCCAAUUCCAACUGUGGAUUCUUUGCUAAUAUCACCGCCGAUAUCUGGAGCUAAUGUUGCCAAAGAAUUGUUUUUGGAAAAGGAAGUAGUUAAUCAGUCAUCAUCACAUGAGAGGGAAAUUGUCUCAAAUGGAGGGGAAGAGACUCAAGCAGUAUCUCUCGUUGCUAAUUUAGCUUCUCAAGUUGAUGUUGGGACAGUCAGGGUUACAGAUGCUGCUAUUAAACUUCAGGCUGCUUGUAGAGGCUAUCGGGCUCGCCGGGAAUUUCAAACACAAAAAGCUAUUACACUGCUGCAAGCUCUUAUUCGUGGUCACUUGGUUAGAAGACAAGCUGUUUCUGCUUUAUAUUGUGUGAAGAGAAUUGUUAAAUUCCAAGCAUUGGCUCGCGGUUACAAUGUUAGGCGUUCUGAUAUUGGGCUUGAGGUCCUGAAAAUUCGUAAGGAUACUCAAUGUUCAAAAUCUAUUGCGGCAGUUACAUCCACAGAGGCAGAGAAGCUGCCCGAUAAUGUCUUUGUCGACAAGCUGCUGGCUUCAUCGUCCCAUGCAUUUCCUCUAUCUCUCAGUAGUGAUCUUGGAGAACCUUACUUGGCUGGAAACUGGCUUGACCGAUGGACUAGGUCACAGUUUUGGGCACCUCUUCCUAAAUUGAAGAAGAAACCUGAUUCAGCAUUUGAUGAUAAAAAUAUCAGUUCUCAAACAGUUGAAAAGGGACAAGUUAAAAGGAAUACUCGGAAAUCUCCUACCGUUAAAGCCAAUGAUGGCUCAAGUUCAGGUUCUAACAAACAGAAACAAGGUCUAAAAAAGGAUUCAAAUCACUCAUCGGUUUCUGUUCAGGAACACGAACACCCAAGGAAAGAAAUUGAAAAAAGCAGUCUAAAAAAAACUCGCAUGCAGAAUGUUUCAGACAGAUCUGAGAUUGUUAAUGAGAAAAGAAAGCACAGCUCUAGAGCAAUUUCAGAUCAUACUGUUACUGAUGUUUCAGAGCAAGGGCCAAUUUCCUCUUCUGAGAAAAUGAAAGUGAUCACAGUGCCAAAGUCUGAAGAGUCUUAUCCAGAGAAAGGUCUUGGGCAGAAAGGACUAGAAGAGAAUAAUGAUAAGCCAAAGAAGAGCUUAAACGGAGGUGCCAAAGAAGAAAAAGGUAUUGGACAGAAAGCACUAGAAGAGAAUAAUGAUAAGCCAAAGAAGAGCAUUAAUGGCGGUGCCGUAGAUCAGAAAGGUCUUGGACAGAAAGCACUAGAAGAUAACAACGAUAAGCCCAAAAAGAGCUUAAGUGGUGGUUCAAAAGAAGAGAAAAGUCUUGGACAGAAAGCACUAGAAGAGAAAGGUCAUAAUGAUCCCACUGCUGUUUUACAGACUAGUGUGAAGAAUGUAGGAGAUGCUAAAAUAGGAGUUAGCGAAGCCCUAAAUGGCGGUGACAAAAUUGUCAGCAACAAUUACCAAAGAAGAGCUUCACUACCUGCUAAUUUUAAUGAUCAAGAAAAUGAGUUACAUAACACUCCAAGACUGCCGAGUUAUAUGGCUCCUACUGAGUCGGCAAAAGCUAGGCUAAGAGGACAAGGCUCACCUAGAUUUGCUACCGAUUUUUUAGACAAAAACAGUUUAACCAGGAGGCAUUCACUUUCGUCCUCGUUUAACAGCAAGUCAGGUUCAUUUUCCCCGAGAGCAGAAAAGCUUGUAAGUUUGAGCAGCAGAGGAGUUGCGAGGACUGAUAAAUCUCUGUCAUCUUCAAGGGAUGGCACUGAUAAGUUGACACAACCUCAGUGGAGAAGGUGA